UGACUCAGGUCCUUGGCAGGGACGACCAAGCGCAGCACAUGCCACCUCCCGUGGCAUCCCGUGCAUACGGGCCGGCUGAACGAACUCUAUAUGUUGGCUCGCUGGAUUUGAGAGUGACUCGCGAGGAACUGGAGCAGGUUGCGCUGGACGCACUGGCCGAGGCCGAGGAGGCGCUUGCGAGUGAGUUUGGGGGAGGAGGCGGCAGCAGCAGCAGCAAGCGGGGGCUCUCGUCAGAGCCGAGCGGGCGCGCCGGGCGCAAGGGCGGGAGUCGGACGGGCUCCAGCGGGCGCGGGGGCCGAAAGAGUAGGGGCAGUCGGCGGUCGUCGUCGCAGUCGGGCGGACGUGCGAGCUCGUCGCUCGGCACGGUUGUCUCUGCCAAAAUCAUUCUGGAUGCCGAGACGCACGGGUCUGCCGGGUAUGGGUUUGUGGAGUUUGAGACGCGCGAAGGUGCACAGGCAGCAAUGCCGAUUCUCCAGGGCCGGCGAGUGCGUGCGCUGCGGAUCCGAAUUAAUUGGGCGGUGCAAGGCUCGCGGCGGGUGGCGGACGAGGACGGGCUGCACUCGCUGUUUGUAGGCGACUUGUGCAAGUCUGUGGACGACGACAUGCUGCACGAUGCGUUUGCGCAUUUUUCGAGCCUCACGUCGGCGCGGGUGAUGUGGGACGUGCGAACCGGGACGUCGCGCGAGUUUGGGUUUGUCUCUUUCCGCGACGCCAGUGACGCCGAGCGUGCGCUCAAGACCAUGGGUGGGACGAUGCUGGGGCGGCGCCCGAUCCGGGUCAACCGAGCCAACAAGAAGACGCACUCGAAGAACACUGCCGUGGGCACGGCAGCGGUGAUGGUGGAGCGUGCGCCGAGCACAGGAACCGGGGUCAAGGUUCCGACCGGCUCACGCGACGGCACUCUCGUCAUGUACACCGACGGCGACUUUGGGAGGCUCUCUGCGCUCGGGCGCGGCUCGUGCGAGCUCUUCCUCUCCAAGCUCAAGUCGAAGAUGUCUGUGGGCGAGUUUGAGGCGGCGCUUGCCAAGCACGGAGUCAUUGAGACUAUUGUGUACAACCGCAAAAAGGGCACGUGCCGGGUCACAUUUGAGUCGCACCACCAGGCUGUUUCUGCCAUCAUCGGCCUGCACGGGUGGGCGCCGGCCGGCUGCCCACCGCUGCAGGUGGCGUGGUCCAACUCAGGCCGGUCGCGGUCGCUGCAGCGGACGGCGUCGGCGCCGAUGGGACCGGCCAGUGGCAGAUUUGGCGAGCGUGGGCGGAGCGGCGACUCGGCCGACGCGUCCCGUUGUGCUGGAUUGACUGACACGCGUCCGCCGUCGUACCUCGCGCCGUCGGCGUCGAUGGCGUUUGACGCCUACUCGGGCCUCGGCUCGGGCCAUGGCUCGGGCGAGGUGAGAGACUUGUACGCGCCGAGGCGCGGGAGCUCGCGGCGAAGCCCGCUGAGCGGCGGAAGCAGUACCAGUCAUCAGUCGUCGGCGUCGAUCUCACCCGACGCGAUGGCGUACGCGCCGCCGCCGGGCUUUGUGAGCGCGGGCGGGUCGGCGCCGAGCAUGGCAGCGCCGGGCUUUGGCGGCUAUGGUCCGCCGCCAGGCAUGGGCGGCGCCGCCGGGGUGGCGCCGGGCAGCAACGGGUUUGUGUACCCGGGCUACCCGAUGCCGUUCGCGGCACCUGGGCUCGGCGGCUUUGUCCCAGGCAUGUCGGAUGCGAUAGCCGGGCGCGACCCGUGGGCCUCACCAAUGUUUGCCAACUCGACGGGCCUGUCCGGCUCGGGCAUAGCGACCGGUCGCAACGGGAGGCCACUGUCGUACCCGCCGCGGGCCAAUCAGUCGGAGCCGUCGAGCCCAACAGGCGUGGUUGCGCCCCCACUGGGCCGCUGCUGAGCGUGCCUGGUGACCGCGGCGAGCGCGGCGACCGGUCGCCGUCACCCUUCAACAACCAGCGGACCGGGACGACCGAGUCGCUCUCAUCACGCUCGCCGUCGCCAACGCUCUACUCGCGCUCGCUCUCUGCCCAGUCGAGCACCUCGGGCCUCGCCGGUCUCGCGGCAUCGCUCAACCUAGUCCCGCCGAGUCGGACCGGCGGUGCACCGCCGCCUGACGACGGCGAGGAAACGCCUGAGUCUGGCGAGGCGUCACCGACGCUCGGCCUUCGGCGGUCGUCGUCGCUCACCACCACGGGCGAGUCGCUCGCCUCGCUCAACCGGUCGCACUCGGAGACCGUCCCGCCGCGCUCGGUCUGGACCGACGACCGCAUCUCUUUCCCUUCUAUGGGCGGCGCCGCCGGCGCGCCCUCCUCUGUACCUGUCCUCCUCCUCCCGCAUGCUUCGCUCUCACCGCACGUCUCGGACGACCAGUCCUGGCUCCCAUCGUCGCCCUCGCUCCAUAAGUCGCGGUCGAUGACCGACGUGCGCUUGGCGCAAUUGGCGUUUGAAUCGGCACAGGAGCCCGCAAUGGCUGCUCGCCCGCGCAAUGGCGCUCCUCCACCGUCCUGAGUGCACCAGCCCUCCGCUCCAGCAGUCCUAGGAGCACGGCUGUCAUUAAAGUCGCGGGAGC